AGGACGAGCUGGGAGUUUCCGGAAUUAACUACCGGUUUGAAAAGUAUGAUCAGUGACUCGGAUGGCAGAUGCUUUCCCUGGUACGGAGCAAGAAAAGAGUUAACGAGAAUCAAAGGGCCCACAGAUUCACCUAAUAUUUUGAAAAUUUUCAUGAAUGACAAUUUUUCGCCCCAAGUUACCUGGUACAUCCCUGCCCCACACCCUAAAAAUGUGCCGAGAGAUGCUAGGCUGACCAAGGUGCACAGGAAACAGAGCUUCAUCACGUGUCUCGCUUCGUCAUCAUCGCCAUCUAAUAUUAGCAUCCUGAGAGCCAUUGAAUGGUGGAUGGAUGUGGAAAUCAAAGUUGAUCCCGGAAAGGAAGUUGGCCAGCGGGCAUCAGUCAGUGAUAGACCAGCCUUCCCUCAUUGUCCUUCCAUCAUCACAGACUGCCACCACCUGCAAAACAUCCUCUCACCAUCAUCUCUCUCACCGCCGAACGCCAACAAAUCUCAAACUCUUGUCUGGAGGCCUUUUGACAGAACGCCGCCAUCUUUGUUUUCGUCAUCAUCGUCAUCAUCAUCUUCUUCCUCUUCCGUGAUUUCGAAUUCAAAAAUAUCAUCGUCUGUAUCAGCAAGUGCCUCAGCCUGGUCAUCAUUAUCAUCAGCAUCAUCAUUAUCAUCAGCAUCGUCAUUAUCAUCACCAUCAUUACCAUCAUCAUCAUCUCUUCAAAGUUGCGUGAAGUUGAACAUGGUGGUUCCUCAGACAUUGCUAUCAAUCGCCUCGUCAGCUGACAAACAUUCGUCAUCUUCAUCUGCAUCUGCAUCAUCAACUUCAUCAGCCACGGCGAUAACGACCCACUCAAGAUUUUCUUACGUCCCCCCCGCCGCCAUGGUGGUGGUCAAGCCUUGCACCCCCCUGACAAAUGCGAUGAUCGAUAUGAGUUCCUACAUACAACUAUCAUCUUCCUAUGGCAAUGCUCUUCUUAAAGAGUACAAGCUGGAAUGA